AUGGCUAAUAAGCAAAAUAAGAAGCCUGUCUCGUUUGACGAGAUCAUUCAGUCCGAUCGCCAGAAGAAGCAGAAGGAACAGCUUGCGAACUCAAUCCUCGGAAAGAAUCGGACUGCCCGUCGCGCCAGUGCGCCGAGCGCAGGGAUCCAGAAGUCGCAAAGUGCCAAACCGGGGAGCCUGGCCAGCCGCAUCGGUGUGCCCAAGCGCUCCGCCUCCACUGCCAACCUCCGUGGCAACAAGUCCAAAGCUCCGGCAAACGCUCCCUCCGGGCCCGCAAAGAGACCAGCCAAGAGCAACCGUCAACCUAAUGCAGAGCGACUACUGAACGCCCUCGAAUCUGGCUCUGGUCAGGCGACAAUCCGCGCUCCUAAAGGUGGCCUGUCAAUCAAGGGCGCAUCCGGUCCCUUCGUCGUGGUCGGCAGCAACUUUGCGCCAGGCACCACAGCGGCCGAUAUCCAGUCUGCGCUGGAGCCCACAUCGGGUCCCAUGCUCAGCUGCCGCAUCGUUUCGCACAACCCGACCGUCACUGCCGAAUUCGCGUUCGAGAGCAAAUGGAAUGCUGAGAACGUUAUUGCCAAUUACCACAACCAGCGGGCUGACGGACGCCUGCUCUCCAUGACCUUCAAGUCCACUGGAUCUGCCAACACCAACAACCACAACUACAGUGACAUGCGGGUACAGGCUGAUCGUGAACGGCAGAAUCGACGGGCCGAACCCAAUGUGCAGGAUGGGCGCUAUGGUUUCGACGAGAAGGCCAAACCAGUGAAUAAGAAACAAUCCUCUGGUCUCUACAGCGACACGAUGAUGGUAGAUGCACCGCAAACCCGGAGGAACAACAACCAGAAUCGGCGGCGCUAA